AUGGCCGGUGUGCACACGUGGAGCAUGGUGAAAAGGGCGAUUGCCUGCCCCUUCAGCAUCACCGCAACCAGAUGGAUGAACUCGGGACCAGUUGAAUGGGAAACCUGCUUCUUUUGCAACCAUCAGCCAAUCGUGCUCUUGAAAGUCAUGAAAUCGUCCAAGUCCCUAGGCCUCCCCUCCAUCCGGCGCUUCGGCCCGGCCAGAAGGUGCUGCCAGAAGGUACACUGGAACUCGUGUCUCCUGUCCAGUUGGUCGGGGGCGGGGGCGGGGGAGGGCAGGAGACGGGAGAGCAGAGAGUCGUCAUGUAUGCCCGUGGCGAUUAGGUCGAGUCGGCCACUCCUGCCUAUUCGUGCAGUCGGCGCGAGUCGGUGGGAAUUUCAUUGCCCCCGGAAGCCGUUGACAGGCCAACUGGCUGUUAAGCCCACCAGAGCCCCUCGAUAA